ACGUGUCAUGUCACGUCACCUACAAUGUAAAUUCAGUUUUUUACCAAUAUAGUCUGGUGCUUCUUCUUCUUCUUUCACAAUCUUUAGUGAAUGAGGAUGAGUUGGAGGCAGCGGAGAAGCAGUUAGAGGCAAUGCGGGAACAGGUAGAGAUGGAUUCAUUACGGAGACAACUACAAAAGCUGACAGAAAGGCACGAAGCAGGUCGUUUAAAAUUUGCUCAAUUUGAGAAACUAGUGCAUAAAGUCACUGAGAUGGAACAACGACGUAGAUGGAUGUAUAAAAGGAAUUAUCCCAAUCGUGGAGGGUUGAGGGAAGAAUUUGUACAAGGGGUUGCUGGAUUUAUUGAUUAUGCAAUGUCGCUCUCUCAAUUUUGUGAUGAAGAAGAAGAGUACUAAGGCAAAGGGUGUUCAAGCAUCUGAAAAGGGCGGCUCGUUGCAGAACGAUGGUUUAGCUACUACGAGGACUCCCCGGAGGAGAUUGACUUACAAUGAAGUCUUCCAGGAGACCAACACCAUGAAAAAGGAGGAUGAAAAAAAGGAUUGUGUUAAACUGCAGGCUAAGCAAACAUAUAAUGAGUAUAAACAAAAUUUGGAGGAGGACAUUCAGAGUCAGUCGAUUGACGAUCAAGAUGGGCCAAGCAACCCAUCUGAUAAUGUGGACAUUUCUCUUAAGGUUGUUGGUGGCGUACAUAAGGAGAGAGCCUACGGCGUUGGAUCAGAGUGUUCAUUCAAUCGUCAAUCGCCAGGAUCGCCUGUUGCUUCUUAUUCUUCACAGUCCUCUGUGAAUCAGGGUGAAUUGGAGGCAACACGGAGGAAGUUACAGGCAAUGCGGAAACAAGAAGAGAUGGAUUCAUUGCAGAGAGAACUAAAAGAGGUGACAGAAAUGUUUGAAGCAGAUUUUUUAGAACUUGAUCGGCUGCAGAAACUAAUGCAUAAAUUUAUGCACAGUCGUCGAUCUGAUCCAGUGUCUGACACCGACUAAGAUGGCGAGAAUUUAGUGUAUUGUACUUCUGAUGUUUGGAACUUUGACUUGUUUGAUUUGGUUAGAAUGUUACAUGGAUGGCGGAUUUCUCUUACUCAUUCAUAUGAUGAUCCUAAUUGAAAUUUGACUCGUCCUUGAGAUAUCACUCA